GCAAGCCAAACCAGUGAAACCGGAAAUGUCACCCGACUGAGUGCGAAGCGGACUGCUUUAUAUUCCCAUGCUAGACUACAUGAUGGAUAUGUAAUUUAAAGAAAGAAACAGUCAUAUAACAUCGUCAAAGAGAAAACUGCAAAUAUGACAAAUGUGUACUCUUUUGAUGGGAUUGUGGUGUUUGGGCUGCUGUUCAUCUGCACGUGCGCUUACCUCAAAAAGGUGCCUCGUAUCAACACCUGGCUGCUGUCGGAGAAGAAAGGAGUGUGGGGCGUCUUCUACAAAGCUGCAGUAAUCGGGACGCGGCUUCACAUUGCGGUGGCGAUGUCCUGUUUGGCCGUGGCUUUCUACGUUGUCUUCUUGAAAUGAUAGAACCAGACUGGACUGGAAAAAAAACUGAAUGGGUGCAAGCUGGGGAUGAACUCAUCUCUGUGGCCAUGCACUAAUCCUUGUUGGAUUACAUGUGUGAUGAAACCCCACUGGCCCUGUGGACCCUUGUGUAAGACCAGCCAUUGCUGCCCCCCUUCUUGUGACUGGGUACAUAACUCCUCCCUUGAUAAUGUGUGUGCACUACAGAACAUGAAGGGCAUCUGAAUCUACUCCACAGUUAUUACAGAGGAGCGAGCCUAUUGGGUCCCAUGUUGUCAUUCUAUUGUAGGGUUAACUCUGUUGGUUGUCUCCACCCUCACCCCAUAAAUAUUUAUAUUGAAGGGCAGUUUGUGCAUUAUACAACCUGUAUACAACCUAAAAUUAGCCUAGCUGUAUAUAUUGGGGGAAAGAUAUGACCAGUAGAGAUUUGGCAGGGGUUACGCGUGAUAAAACUGAAAAUGGUGAAUUCUGCUUGCUCCCAGCUGUGCUGUUUUUUUUUUUUCUGUAUCACUUCUUCUGUCAAGGGUGGAGGGGAAGAGAAACAAAGCUAAUAUAUAAAGAUGUUCUUGUGUACACCAUAUUUUUUACUCUUUUCUUUUCUUAACAGAGCUGUUUGGUAUCUCUUAAACUUUGUUUUAGAUUUGAAAUAGACUUUUUGCACAGGUGAAUGUUUUUACUUUGACAUCUAAGGCUAGAAAGAUCUAGAUAGAUGUGUUAAAAGUCACAUUGUUACGAUUGAACUGUAAGUCACGUAGGCGUCAAAAGUCUUAUCACAAUUGUAGAGUAUUGCAGAGAGAAGAGUAAUACCUUUUUAAAAGAGGCAUAUCUCAACAUAUUGUGAAAAUUAGAUAGCUAUGUCAGACUUGCCUCAAGAUUUAAAUGCAAUGCCAAAUAGGGAUGGUCCUUCUCAUGCCAUCUUGAUUACAUUCUGUUAUUCUGAGUUUAAUUCUGUCACCUUUGUUUUUUAACUGUUUUGGAGGGAUGCAAUGCAAUUUUGAGUAAAACAUUAAUCAAACAAUUUCUGUGUUUGUUUUCUUUAAAACAAGUGUCAGGUCUGAAGUGACAGACAUCCAGUGCCUAUACAGUGUGUUCACCCCUGUCCCUUUGGAGUUUUUCAUGUUUUGUUGAUCUGCAAAAGAGAAAAUAAUCCAAUUUCCAAUAUGAAAUAAUUAAAUGUAUAUGGGUUUAUGCUCUUCAAGUUAAUAUUUAGUUGAGGCAGUCCAGUCACGUUGAUUGAAGCAGUGUUCAACUCCUGCCACAAAGCCUGGAGUGGAUAGAGGCCUUUCCUGGUAAUUAACUUUUUAAAGACAUUAUGUGCAGCGUGGACUUAAUGUUUGGGGUUGUUGUCUUGCUGUAAAAUAAAUCAUCUCCCAUCAUCGCA